UGGCGGGACAGCUCAGUCCAAUGCUUCUCUCCAGCGCCGGAACUCGCCGGCAACAGACGGGGAGUGACAAUCACCAGUUCGGGCGACAGACAGGGCGACAACACACGCCUCGAGCAUGUCGCUAACCAACGCCUCUCCGGUCGAUGCCGCGAAGGCAGCCAAGUCGGCGUCGCAUGUACUUGCGACGCUCUCGGCCGACGCCCGCAACGAUGCGCUGACGGCCAUCUACGCCGGCCUCACAGCAGCCCGCGACGACAUCCUCGCCGCCAAUGCCCGCGAUCUCGAGCUGGCUCGCCAGGCUGCCGCCGACGGCAAGCUGAGCCAGAGUCUGGUUGCCCGUCUCGAUCUCGGCAAGAAGGGCAAGUGGGAGGACAUGCUCAAGGGCAUUCUCGACGUGCGCGACCUCGAAGACCCCGUCGGCCGAGUCACGCUGCGCACCCGCCUCGACGAUGGCCUCGAGCUGGAGCGAGUCACCUGCCCGAUAGGUGUGCUGCUCAUCAUCUUUGAGGCCCGCCCCGAGGUCAUUGCCAACAUCGCCGCUCUCGCCAUCAAGUCCGGCAACGCUGCCAUUCUCAAAGGCGGCAAGGAGUCGACCGAGUCGUUCGUCGCCAUCUCGCGCGUCAUCUCGGCCGCUCUCGACAAGACCCAGGUGCCCAACGCCGCCAUCCAGCUGGUCACCACCCGCGACGUGAUCCCCGAGCUUCUCGCCCUCGACCAGUACAUCGACCUGGCCAUCCCGCGGGGCUCCAACGACCUGGUCCGCUACAUCAAGAACAACACGCGCAUCCCCGUGCUCGGCCACGCCGACGGGCUCUGCGCCAUCUACCUCGAGGAGUCGGCCGACCCGUCCAUGGCCGCCGACGUCAUUGUCGACUCCAAAACCAACUACCCGGCCGCCUGCAAUAGUCUCGAGACGCUGCUCGUGCAAGACACCGCACUGUCCACCCUCCUCCCGACCGUCGCCCGGGCGCUAGCAGCCAAGGGCGUCGAACUGCGCUGCGACGCCGCAAGCAAAGCAGCCCUGCAGGAUGUUUCCAAUCUAACGCUACUCGACGCCACAGAAGCCGAUUUUACGACCGAGUUCCUCUCCCUAACCCUGGCCGUUAAGACGGUCUCGUCGCUUCCGGAAGCGGUCACCCACAUCAACACGCACGGCUCGCACCACACCGACUGCAUCCUGACGUCGUCCAAGGAGCAGGCUGAGCAGUUCAUGGCGGCCGUCGACUCGUCGGGCGUCUAUUGGAACGCGUCAACGCGUUUUGCCGACGGCACCCGGUACGGGUUCGGCACCGAGGUGGGCAUCAGCACCAACAAGAUCCACUCGCGCGGUCCCGUCGGGCUAGAGGGUUUGAUGAUCUACAAGUACAAGCUCAGGGGCCAGGGACAGGUGUCGGCCGUGUAUGGGGAGGUUGAGGGGAAGAAGCGCUAUCUCCAUCAGAGGUUGCCUUUGAAAUAGAUGAAAAUGCGUGAAUGAAAAUUAAAGGAUGUUCAAAGUUCACU